CUUUUUCGACACGAGGAGGCGCUAUUCUUGAAUGAUUCUGCUGUUUGGAGUUGUUGAAAAGUUGUGGUGACGACCAAAUUCGAUUCAAAAUGAGUAUUAUGGAAUAUAAUGGUGGUUUGGUCAUUGCCAUGAAAGGCAAAGACUGUGUGGCCAUAGCGUCGGACCGUCGCUUUGGCGUGCGGGCCCAGCUGGUGGCAGUCGAUUUCCAAAAGAUUUUCGAAAUGGGCCCCAGAUUGUACUUGGGACUACCAGGAUUGGCAACAGAUACCAUCACAGUUGCUCAGAGAUUAAAAUUUCGACUGAAUCUUUACGAACUGAGAGAAAACAGACAGAUCAGACCUAAAACAUUUUGUGCUAUGGUAUCCAAUCUCCUCUACGAGAGAAGGUUUGGCCCUUAUUUUGUGGAGCCCAUUAUUGCUGGAUUGGAUCCGGUAACACUGAAGCCAUACGUCUGUAGUACCGACCUAAUAGGAUGUCCUAAUGAACCGGAGGACUUUGUUGUGGCAGGAACUAGCACAGAGCAGGCAUUUGGAAUGUGUGAAGCACUUUGGGAACCAGAUUUGGAACCAGACGACCUGUUUGAAAAAAUAUCCCAGGCUUUAGUCAAUGCAUUUGACCGAGAUGCUCUGGCUGGAUGGGGUGGCAUAGUGUACAUAAUUGAAAAGGACAAAGUAACAGUGAAGACUUUGAAGACCAGAAUGGAUUAAUGCAAUGUAUUGUCUAGUAUUUUUUCUUUUAUUUUGUAUUAAUAAAACAUUAUUCCGACUCCAAA